CCGCCCGCUCGCUGGUCGCAACCCAUUCCAUUUCCGGACGGGCUCUCUCUCUCUCUCUCUCUCUCUCUCUUCCCACCGUCCAUUUUCAACAACUGCUGAGCAGCAGAAGAAGAAGAGAAUACUCUUUUACCAAACCAAGCAAUCCGAACUCUAUUGACUUCGUUUGCAACCGCCGUCCUCUGCCUCCUCCGCCGUCGCCGGAAAGAAACCGAAACCCUCCCUUCCCGAUCGUGACCCGAGCCGAGCUGCUUCCACUCUUUGAGGUGCUUCCUUUCCCUCACUCUUUCCGCCCAUUCUCUCUCACUGUCUUCGUUUUCCAUCUCCUGAGAUCAACCUGUAACGAAAGCAUUUCUCCUCCCUUGACUGAAUUCCGACUCCGCGAUUUCAAUUCCCCAAUUCCAAUCCACCGCCGGGGUUGAUCUGAUUGAUUCUCCGAUCAUUUCCAUCUCACCUCCUCCCACCCCAGCAGUUCUUAACCUGGAUUUCCUCCUCCCGUAUUACUGCCUCUUUCUACUGAUUGUUCUGGAGCCACUCUCACCGCAGUUCGUUCGGAAAUGCAACUUUUGGCCAAGGGUAAUGCCGCCGCUUCAGCCGUAAGCAACCCGGCGUCUAACCAGCACCACCAUCACCAGUCCCUCAGGAGGCUGGGGUUCUGCUCUCAGUUAGCUGCCGGCGGGGCCCAGCACUCUUCCCCCAUCGUUUUCCCUGAAAAGCGCAGCAAAAAGGUCAGGUCAUCUUCCUCCAAGCGGAUUGAGCUCACCAGCGAUCAACCUUUUGAGAACCCUAGCCGGGAUGAAGUGAGAAUCGACAUCGGAGGUGGAAUACCCGCCGCGGGGGACGAGAAGUCUGAUUUGUUGGGGGAUGUUGUUAUCGCCGGCAAGCUCGUUUGGGACAAGAGGAAGACCUCUCCGACCCCUGAUGCACCCAAUGGAAGUCCUGCUAACCAAGCUUCUCCCGAUGUUCCUAAACAGGAGCCAGUGGAUGCUAAGCUUACUAGCAAGGCCUUACUCUGUGGUUCCACUGUGUUGCAUCUUGACGAUAUCAUCUCGGUAACAUAUAAUGCUGGUCUCAGGCAUUUCACUGUCCAUUCGUAUCCCAUAAAGAAGGGCUCUUGUGGUCUGUCUUGUUUCAUCAAACCCAAAAGAAGUCGCAAAGACUAUCGUUUCUUAGCCUCGACCGUGGAAGAUGCAGUACAGUGGGUUGGUGGAUUUGCAGAUCUGCAAUGUUAUGUGAAUUGCUUGCCUCACCCUUUGGCUUCUUCCAAGAAGCAAGCUUCUUCAGAGUUACUUCCCAUUGACCCUCCUCCUGAGUUGCUAUUUAAGUGUAAGAAUCCGCCUAAAAUGCUGGUCAUCCUGAAUCCACGUUCUGGACGUGGCCGUUCCACCAAAGUUUUCCAUGGCAUUGUGGAACCUAUAUUUAAGCUUGCAGGGUUUAAGUUGGAGGUAGUCAAAACUACAUCAGCUGGUCAUGCUAAAAGUCUUGCGUCUACUGUUGACAUCAGCACAUGUCCUGAUGGAAUUAUAUGCGUGGGUGGUGAUGGAAUUAUCAACGAGGUCCUGAAUGGUUUGCUCUGUAGAGAUAACCAGAAGGAAGGAAUCUCCAUUCCAAUUGGUAUUAUACCGGCUGGUUCUGAUAAUUCCCUUGUCUGGACUGUUCUUGGAGUACGUGAUCCUAUUUCUGCUGCCAUGGCUAUCAUCAAGGGAGGUCUAACUGCCACGGAUGUUUUUGCUGUUGAAUGGAUUCAGACCGGUAUUAUGCACUUCGGGAUGACUGUCUCAUAUUAUGGUUUUGUAAGUGACGUGUUGGAACUCUCUGAGAAAUAUCAGAAACGCUUUGGUCCGUUGCGUUAUUUUGUUGCUGGGUUUCUGAAGUUUUUGUGUUUGCCAAAGUACAACUAUGAAGUAGAAUAUCUUCCAGCAUCCACAACAGAAGAUCAAGGAAAUCGUCUUGGUGAUAGAGAAGUAGUGGACAUGGCUGAUCUGUAUACAGAUGUUAUGAGGAGGUCAAACACAGACGGUGGCAUUCCUCGAGCCUCUAGUUUAUCAAGCAUUGACUCGAUAAUGACUCCAAGUCGGGUUUCUGGAGACUUGGAUACCACCUGCAGUAGUACUCGUGCCAGCACCGAACCAUCGGAAUAUGUACGUGGCCUCGAUCCCAAAACCAAACGCCUGUCAUCUGGGAGAAAUAAUACCACAACAGAACCAGAACCAGAAGUGAUUCAUCCUCAAAUGCCACUCUCUACAACGCCCAACUGGCCACGGACUCGGUCAAAGUCAAGAACAGACAAAGGGUGGGCUGGAACAAUUUCCACACAAGAUAACUCUAGGUGCUCCUGGGGGAAUAAUGCUACAAACGACAGAGAAGACAUAUCUUCAACUUUGUCUGAUCCAGGUCCAAUUUGGGAUGCCGAGCCAAAGUGGGAUGGUGAAGCGAAUUGGGGGGUGGACAAUCCUAUUGAGUUGCCGGGACCUGCUGAUGAUCUAGAGGGUGGAAUGAGGAAGGAAGUGAUGGUCCCCAGAUUUGAAGAGAAGUGGGAAUUCAGGAAAGGACAGUUCCUUGGGAUCCUAGUGUGCAAUCAUGCUUGCAGAACAGUGCAGAGUUCUCAGGUGGUAGCACCUAAGGCAGAGCCUGGCGAUAGUACCCUAGAUUUGAUAUUGGUUCAUGGCAGCGGGCGGCUGAGGCUAUUGAGGUUUUUCUCACUGUUGCAGAUGGGCCGAGGCGGACAUCUUUCACUGCCAUACGUGGAAUACAUAAAGGUGAAGUCGGUGAAGAUAAAGUCUGGGAAGCAGAGUCACAGUGGAUGUGGGAUCGAUGGAGAGCUUUUCGCAUUGAACGGGCAAGUAAUGUCGUCGUUGUUGCCGGAACAGUGCCGGCUGAUUGGUCGGCGGGGGACAUAUGAAAAGUCAUGAUGAGGGUUAGUUAGUCCGAAUGAUAAACUUGGUCGUCCUGUUGUUGUUGUGAAGGUUCCCUUCGUGGCGGUGAGGCGGGGCCAGGGGCUGGUGUAUGAGAUGAGUGAGUUGGCGUGGCUCCCUGAGCUGAAGGGAAAGUUUAUAUAUGAGAAUCUGGUGUAUACGUGAAAGUGCCAUUUUGCUGUUGUUAGGGUUGUUGACACUUCUGUUCAUGCGAGCGAGAGAGUGCUGGUUGUGCAUGUCUGGUGAGGUGAGGGAUUGGAACUGAAUUGAUAGGUUGGUAGGAAGGAAGGAAGGAAGGAAGGGUACAUUGUUGGUUAGUAAUAAUAAUGAGGCUUAGGCUGGGAGGGUUUCAGGCAGAGAGGCAGUUGAGUUUUUGCAUUAUCGUCCUUGGGAUUGUUGUCUGUAAAAUUGAUUUGGGUUGGUGAGUUGGGUGUACCAAUAAGCAGAGAAGAAUAUUUGAUUGAUGCACAGAAGUCGGGAUGUCUAACUCCAUGUGUUGGUAAUAUACAAUAUUAUGUGCUAUUCCUGUGAAUCAGGCUAACAAAUUUGUCACCGUAUGUAUUCAAUGAAGAUGGAACGAUUACCGCUCGAUCGGGAACGCUCCAAGUACGUUCGGUUGUAAGCACCAUAGCCGGAUUGGUCCCUGCUCGCUGCUGUUGCUAGAAAUCACUGCUUGCCGAAUUAGCUCAUUUUUCUUGUGCUGGUCCCGCACUUUGAGCGGGCCUUUGAUCAGUGGGCUUGACGGUAUGCGUUUCACCAUUUGGGC